AACUUCCAUUCCAAGUCGCAAGACCUAACACGCGCUACACCAUGGCUAAUUGUCCACUCGUGUCGCCCCCUGUGCUACCACUGGGCGACUUCCUCGAGUAGGGGCGCAGCUAUGGCGCAGGCCGACGCCCAAGAGCCUGGCCCUCCUGCCAUGCAAAGUAGACCACAUCUCCUCCCAAUGAUGGGAUUGACAGUCGUCCUUGGCCGUAGCCAAUGCAAUUGCCGGCUGAAACCGUGCCUCGGCGACCGACUGAACUUUUCUAGUUUAAGUUCUGGGCGGCUGCCUCCUGCGCACCACCAUAUGGAUCCGCCUGUGACGCGGCACCCUCUAGGUGGCAACGCAAGCCUGCGAGCCUACCCAAUAUAAGAUGGCUCUGCAGCAAGUGCCCUUUUUCUAUUCCAUUUGCCAAUUUAUUGUUCCCUGUCGUUGCAUCUGCCCAUUUGAUCAACAGUACAUCGUACACUCCCAUCGCCGACGUGCAUCUCGGAAGCGAAGUCAGGAUGUCGCACUCUCUAGAGUCGGCGCUCGACGCCCAGGAACUUGCCAACGAGCAGGUGGGCUUGCUGGAUCUCAUCGACAAGCUGCAGUUUGCACAGUUGGACAAUGUCAAGCUCCCCCAGAUCGUCGUUGCCGGCGACCAGUCCGCGGGAAAGAGCUCCGUCCUCGAAGCGAUCACGGGCACGCCGUUUCCCCGUGAUGCAGGGGCGUGCACGAGGUUUGCGACCGAAAUCCGCCUCCGCCGGUCCCCCGAGACGAGGCUCGAUGUCUCCAUCAUUCCGGACAAGACUCGGAACUUCAGGGACCAGGAGAAACUCAGGCAGUUCGGCGGCACGGUCGAUUCUACCAUGUCCUUCGAGACAUUGAUGAGGACAGCCGUGGAUCUGAUUGCGCCCAAGGAAAUCCCCGGCCGUUUUGCCGCCCGCGACAUCCUCGUGGUAGAGAAGCGUGGCCCCGACAUGCCCCUGCUCACACUCGUGGACCUUCCCGGCCUGGUCAGGAAUGCGAAUAACGACCAGUCUCUGGAAGACAUCAAGACCAUCGAGGAGCUCUCUGACCGGUACAUGAAGAGCUCCCGGACCAUUAUCCUCGCCGUGGUGGGCGGCAACUCCGACUACGUCCAGGCUCCGAUCUUGACGAAGGCCCGCCAUUUCGAUCCCGACGGGUCGAGGACCAUUGGCGUGCUCACAAAGCCAGACCUGACAGAGUCAAUCGGCCUUGAGGACAAAUUCAUUGAGCUCGUCAGCAACAAAGACAGGAGGAACCUUUUCCGCCUAGGCUGGUAUGUUCUGCUCAACCCGGGGCCUCGGGAGCCAGGUCAACCAUGGCCAGGUGCCGAAGAGCGCCGGCUGGCUGAGAGGCGUUUCUUCGACCAAGGAAAAUGGAGCCAGUUGCCGGAUUCCAUUUGCGGCGCCGCAGCCUUGAAGCAGAAGCUCAGUACACAACUCCAAAGGCAUAUCGGGAGACAUGUCAAGACGUUGAGGAAGCAGAUCCAGACGGCCCUGGACGGUUGCGAGGCCGAGCUCAAGUCGCUUGGUACCGGCAGAGAUACGCCAGAGGAGAUGAGAAUCGACCUUGUCGAGCUCUUCUCGGCUUCUAAGGAACUCGUCAUCCCGGCCGUCUACGGCUUCUACAAGAACCCCCCGAGAAAGACCUUCUUCCGGGUCACGGCAGACCCCAGAGGUACGCCAUCUCAGAACCUCCGCGCCCGGGCUACAGAAGAGAACGACCGCUUCGCCUCCCGGAUUCGAGCCCAAGGCCGCAAGUUCGACUUCUCCACCCCAGACCCGCAGGCACAGGAUGGGCGGGUCUCGGGGAAGCAUGACUACGCUCGGCAGGAGGUGGAGAUGCUCCUGCGACAGAUCCGCGGUUCCGAAUUCCCCAUGGAUCCGAAGCCGAGGGCGGUCUACAUGCUCUUCCAGAGCUACUCCGAGUACUGGCCGCAGCUUGCCCAGGAGCACAAGGACAACCUCGGCGUCGUCUGCAACGAGUUCCUGAGCGAGCUCAUUGACUACGCCUGGCCGAGGCGGAUGCACGAGCCGCUGCGACGGCAGUUCCUGGACCCGCAGAUGAAGGCACUCAUGGACAGGGCACAGCGCGAGCUCGACCUGUUGACCGAGGACAUGAACCUGGAGGUGCAGCCUUACGACCCGGAAUACGAGGAGCGUCUGAGGAAAUGGCAGGUCGACGCGUCAACGGACGGGGCUACCUUUUCCGAGGCGCAAGAGGUGCUGGAGAAGAUGCUCAUUUAUUACGAGCUCUCGGCCAAGAACUUUAUCCGCAACAUCAUCACUCAGGUCGCCGAGCGCCACCUGCUCCAGGGCAUGUACAGCAUCUUCAACUCUGUCGAAAUCCUCGGCAUGAGCAACCAGACCGUCGAAGCGAUCGCUGCGGAGAACAAGGAGACGAGAGACCGACGACUGGUCCUAAAGACGCAGAAGAAGGCGAUCGAAGAGGCCAAGGAUAUCUGCGCCAACCUUGCCAUGCGCAAGGAACUAAGAAUGUACGCCGACGAAACCCGCGACGAUUUCGAAGACACCUCAGACGAGGAAGGCCAACCGAGGCCCCACGAACGGCCCCCGAGCAUUUCCAAGCAACCCCCAACACCCUCCAUCAGGCGCCGAGCAUCCCGACGCUCCCGCGAAGACAACGCCCCGCCCGCCCCCGCACCCCGAGCCGCCGCCGACCCCGUCGUCGCCAACGGCAUCCACGGCACGGAAUUCAUGACCGCCGCCCACCACGCGCCGCCCAGGAACGAGCCGGCACCACCACCCCGCCUGGCAGAACAGCAACAGCAGCAGCAGCAGGCAGUCGCCGCCGCCUCCCUGAACCCGAACCCGAACCCGCCCCAGCAGGCGCCGCCGCCGCCGCCCCCACGGCCCGACAAGGUCCGGCCCGAGAGCCGGCCGCCGUACAGCGCGGAGCAGUACUACGCGGGUGGCGGAGGCGGCGGUAGCCCGUACGAGCCGCGGGCGCCGGCUUCCCCUGGCGUCGAUGGCGCUGGGUAUGUGCAGUCGGCGGCGAGGAGGCAGCAGAGGAAUAUCUUGGGACGGGCGUGAUUUGUUGGCGAGGGGGUGGUUUAAGAGAGUACGGAAGGGGGUUUGUCCAUGGUUUUCCGCAAUGUAUUCCUUAUAUUAGAACUCCAUUGGCAGCUUACAAGGCAGAGUCAUGAAAGGACGGUGGGUUCGAUCCCCGGGAGUCCGGCUUCGGGGCGGAUUGUUAAGGUCGGCGUUAUGGGUCUCAGAUCGAUUUCUCCAUACUUAGUAGACAGCAAAGCAAGAAACAUUUCAAAGAGGAGGCUUAGCCUGCCAACAAGUCGAAUAGCAACCUAACCUCAAAAGGGUCCAAUGACUCCUAUCCGUCGCUUCUAAUGAGUACUCGCAGC